CCCUUUGUGGACAUGAUGAACUUUACAAUUAAGUACAUCCUAGUUUUCCUGGCUUUGUGUGUGCAAGAGGGAUUAUCGAGGAGUUAUGAAGCAGAACUUGGAGGAAAGAAACUCUUACAGAGGGAAAGACGUCAGAACAAACCAUCAAGGCCAGUGCUGAAGGUAACAGACUACCAUGUAAGGUGUCGAGUGGUGUCCCGUUAUGCCGUCACCACAGUCCAGAGUUCAGUAUGGAAUCAGCUACCCAUCACUAAGGAGGCUGCGUUUGAGGUGGACCUGCCCUCCUCUGCUUUCAUCUCCAACUUCACCAUCACCUCCAACAGUAAGGUGUAUGUGGCCCAGGUGAAGGAAAGAGCUGCUGCCAGGAAAAUUUACGACGCUGCUAAGAAGCAAGGGAAAACAGCCGGGCUCGUCGCUACCAAAGAAAGGGAGAUAGAAAAGUUCCGUGUGGCAGUGAGUGUGCCGUCAGGAGCUCGGAUGUUCUUCUCCCUUACCUACGAGGAGCUGUUGCCACGCAGACUUGGCCGCUACGAGCUCAGUUUGGGUCUGAGGCCAGGACAGCCAGUGCAGAACCUCACAUUAGACGUCAGUAUAACCGAGCAGACGAGCAUCAGUUUCAUCAAAGUGCUUCCUCUCAAGACAAGCAGACUGCUCUCCAACACUGCUCAAGGUGAAGCUGUUCCCCCUGCCUCCACUCAGGUUGAGCAACGCGGUGGUUGUGCUCGUGUUCGCUACAGUCCAACUUUACAGCAGCAGAACGGCAUCUCCUCUAAAGGUUUAAAUGCAGACUUCAUCAUCCAGUAUGAUGUCGACAUCAGAGACCUGAUGGGCGAAGUCCAGGUGUAUGACGGCUACUUUGUGCAUUACUUUGCACCCAGAGGGCUCCCUGUGGUUCCGAAGGAUGUUAUAUUUGUCAUUGAUGUCAGCGGUUCAAUGAUAGGCACUAAGAUAAAGCAGACCAAGCAGGCCAUGAGCACCAUUCUGGGGGAUCUCAGAGAGGGAGACCACUUCAAUAUCAUCACCUUCUCAGACAAAGUUCACACCUGGAAGAAAGGACGAACAGUGAGGGCAACUCGGCAGAACGUACGAGACGCCAAAGACUUUGUGAAGAGGAUCAUUGCAGAAGGAUGGACAAACAUCAAUGCAGCUCUACUCUCUGCUGCUCAGCUCGUCAACCCUUCAUCCUCCUCCAGGCAACAGUCGUCCCGUCGUGUCCCUCUGGUGAUUUUCCUCACUGAUGGCGAGGCGACUAUCGGUGUGACAGCUGGUGACACCAUCCUCAACAAUGCCAAGAAGGCAUUGGGUUCAGCCUCUCUGUUUGGCCUUGCCUUUGGAGAUGAUGCCGACUACCUCCUCCUGAAGCGCUUGGCUCUGGAUAACCGGGGCGUGGCUCGCAUGGUGUACGAGGACGCAGACGCGGCGCUGCAGCUGAAAGGCUUUUAUGAUGAAGUAGCCAGCCCUUUGCUGUCUGACGUCCAGCUCACGUACCUCGAUGAUCAGGCGUUUGACGUCACCCGCUCCCUUUUCCCAAACUACUUUCAAGGAUCUGAGCUGGUGGUUGCUGGGAAGGUCAAACCAGGCGUAAAGGAUCUAAAGGUUUCCAUGUCGGCUACUGAUUUGAAGCAGCGUGUUAAGCUGGAGAACAAUGUUUUGAUUUCUAAUGACAAAAAGAAUGAAAGUGUGGAUUCUAUUAACUGUUCAGGAGGCUUGGAGGGAAUCUCCAGCUUUGUGCACCGUCUCUGGGCUUAUUUCACCAUCAAAGAGCUGCUGCUCGCCAAAAUGAACGCCACUGACCCUGCAACACAAAGGCUGCUAGCAGAGAAAGCAACCAACCUCUCUCUCAAGUAUAACUUUGUAACACCAGUGACGUCUUUAGUCGUAGUUAAGCCGGAUGAGGAUGAAGCAGCUCCGAGUCUAACCACUGCAAAACCCACAACAACCGCCACUACAACCACGACAGCAACGACUACAACAGCUGCCAAAAUGUUGAGUGCUGCUGCUGCAAAGAAGCUGAGCUCGUCUUCCAACUCCAAGCCUUCCAAGACAAAACCAGAACCUCCUCAGCCACCUCUAACUAAAAAGAUUUCAACUACUACACUAAAAACAGUUACUACAGCAAAAACAGUAACUACGGCGCCAAAGAAAACCACAACCACCUCAAGUCCUAGCACUGUCAAAACCGCCCCAGCACCAUUCAUAGGUAAAAAGCCAACUCCUGCCCAGAAUGAAUCUAAAUCUGCCUCUCCUCCUCUUCCUCUGCCUCCUCCUUCUGCAAGUAAGAUGCCAACUGCCGUCAUAAAUGCACUGAAAACAGCACAACCUCCUGCCCCUGGAAGAGUCUCCACCUCACAAUCAAACACCGUAAAAACAACCACUGCUCCGUCAGCCACCUCAGUGGUAACACUCACAACCAACCCUGCAACUGCACCGAGAACCGACCCUGCUACCCUGCCAGGGAAACCCCUUACCCCCCAGCCCAGUCCUGUCAAAGCGAUUCUUCCCCCUGUAGAAGCAGAAAACAGCUCCACGGCUGCUCCAGUCAUUCCUCAGCCUGAAAUCAUCACAGCUCUGCCUGUUUUUUCAUCUCCACUCACCUCUCCGACCCCAGCCCCUCCUCCGGCUGUAGAUGACAACAGCACAAACCUGGACACGGACCUGGGUAUUGCUACUUUUGUGUCGGCCACCUUUGCACCCAUGCCAGGUGUUACAGACGGGCCGAGACCGUGGGAAGCUGCAGGGCUCUUAGAUGUCUCCACUUUCAUUCAGAGAAAAGACAUUGACCUUGUAAAAGACUAUGAUGCGACUUAUGACUACGACUACGACCUCAACUACGAUUCCUGGGAUGAUACUGCAGAUUCAGAAUCAUUUGAAUCCUCAACCAGGCUGAGCACCGUCCGGGUUUUCUCCUCAUCAGUUGAUGGAGAUCCUCAUUUUGUGGUCCAGCUGCCAAAGCUGCAUCAGAAUCUUUGUUUCACAGUCGACGGCAGCGCCAACGAUGUCCUCAGGCUGUUGGAGGAUCCAGUCAGAGGGAUCAUUGUUGAUGGACGUCUCAUGGGCGCCCCCUCCAGACACGGCGUUGAGGACAGAUCCAGGACGUAUUUCGACCAGCUCACCAUUUCCUCAGCCACAGGCGGCUCCGGAGACAUCAUGAUCACUCUCUCACUGGACGCCGUAGUGGUGGAAGGAGAGGGGCGGGACAUCCUCCCCAUCAAUCAGCAGGGAUCAGUGAUGAGGCAGGGCGUGACGGUUACCGUGGACAACCACCGGAGCUGCUGGAUCGAGCUGACUAAGGAUGUGCACUUCCUGGUCCUGUUCCACCAAUACAAACACCCCAGCUACCUGCAGAUGGCUCACCUGGGCUUUUACAUCACCAACGGACGGGGGCUGUCUGCUUCGACGCAGGGAUUACUGGGCCAGUUUCAGCAUUCUGACAUCAGUGUGACUCCAGUAAAAGAUAACCAGGACGGAGCUGCUCACAAAGCUUCAUCUUUACCUCGAGGGAUUCUAAGGUGGGGAUCCGAGCACAUGUCGGUCACUUUGCAGGACAAGACGCUGAAAGACUCGGUGCGAAAACGCCACACGGGCAAGUGUUGGGUUGUUCCCAAGGCAGAGGUGGAGAGACUCCUGGGUCAUCCAUACGAGAGCUACGUGGUGGAUCAUGUGUAACUCUAGCUGAGGCUGCUCCACCCUGCUGCCUCUGCGCUGCACGGCUCAGGUCACAGCAGGCUACGUGGCGAGGCUAAUGGACAAAGGACGGGCUCUAAGUGGUGCUGAAAUGACUGUUUCCACAUUAUAUUCAGUGAGGAGGAGUUAAAGAAAAGAGGCGGGUUAAAGAGAGGACAGACUGGACACAAAGCUGCAUUUAAAGGAUUAAUGAGGACGUUUGUUUCAACAGAUAUAGAGACGGACUGAAUGAUGGAGCUGUCCUCCAUCAUUGAAUUGGAAUUGAAUUCAAGCUCUGUGUGUUUUUUUCCUUAACACAGGCGCAGUGUUUAGCUGGUUAGUCUGUUUGUGCUGCAGCAGAAAAAAGCACACUCACUCCUUCAAAACUUCAGAUAUUUAUAAGAUUUUUCUCAUAUUUCCUUUAGGAAUUAUUCUAAGAAAAGGCCAGCUUUUGCUACUUCAGAAACCAGCAGAUUUCUUUAAGAUGCACCAUUUAAGUUGUAUAGAUGCAUUGUAAAAAAAUUAGAAUAUCAAGUAAAUGUUCAUUUUCUAAUCUGUGAUUUACUUUAGAAAAUUAAACAUCCAUAAAUUCUUGACUUAUCUCAUAAAAGUGAAAUAUUUAAAGACUUUCUCUAUUAUAAUCUUGAUGAUUACAGCUUACAGCCAUCAUAGCCAUCAAAAAUCUACUAUUUUGAAUAUUAGAAUAUUCAAUUUGAAUAGUCUGAUUUGCAAAGGUUUUCUGAGCCUUUAUUCUCUCACUCUGGUUCAGUUCACACAGCUGCAAUCAUGGGGAAGACCGCUGGCUAACUCUUGUCCAGAAGACAAUCAUUUACACCCUCAACAAGGAGGGUACGCCACAGAAGGUACCUGCUGAAAGGGCAGGCUGUUCUAAGAGUGCUGAACUGAACUGGAGUGAAGGUUCAGGAAUCCUUUGCAAAUUGUACUUUUCCAUAAUAUUCUAAUAUUUUGAGAUAGUGGACUUUGGAUUGUUGUGAGCUGGAAUCAUCAAGAUUAAAGCAAACAAGUCCUGAAUUGCUUUACUUUGUAGGAGAUGAAUCUAGAAUUUAUAGACUUUUUCAAUUAAAUCCUAAGAAAAAAAUUAAGGUUUACAUGAAAUUCUAAUAUUUUGAGAUGCACCUUUAGUAUAAAUG